AACCCACAUCCACAUCUCAUAUGAAACAAGAGUGGCGUGGUUUCUUCUCCACCAACUAACUUGUUUGCUUUUCUUGCUCACACUUUCCACCAUCGCCAACUUUUUUUAUUAAGCACCACCAACUUUACAUUUCUCCCUCUCUUCGAGCUUCGUAGACGCUAAACUUUCAACCUUACACUUUUUUUUUCCCACUUCAAAUGGCUCUAUGUGGUUCUAUUUCUUCACCGAACUUGAACUGGCAAAUUGGGCCAAGAAAGAUGUUCAAAUUGGGUUCUUCUAUGAACUGUGAUACCACAAUUUCGUUAUCAUUUUCUGGGAGUGAUUCCAUGGGUCUUAACUUGAGGUUUAACCUUGCUUCAACUCGUGUUGCUAAGACCAACAGGUUUAGGAACCAUGUUUCUCCAUUGAAGGUAGUUUGCAUCGAUUAUCCACGUCCUGAGAUUGAAAAUACAGUUAAUUUCCUUGAAGCUUCUUACUUGUCUUCCACCUUUCGUGCUUCUCCUCGUCCAACCAAACCCUUGAAGGUUGUUAUUGCUGGUGCAGGACUGGCUGGUUUAUCAACUGCAAAAUAUUUGGCAGAUGCUGGUCACAAGCCAAUAUUGCUGGAGGCAAGAGACGUUCUAGGUGGAAAGGUUGCUGCAUGGAAAGAUGAAGAUGGAGACUGGUAUGAGACCGGCCUACAUAUAUUCUUUGGGGCUUACCCUAAUGUGCAGAACCUAUUUGGAGAACUUGGUAUUAAUGAUCGGUUACAAUGGAAGGAGCAUUCCAUGAUCUUUGCUAUGCCAAGCAAGCCUGGAGAGUAUAGUAGAUUUGAUUUUCCAGAAGUCCUUCCAUCUCCAUUAAAUGGAAUAUGGGCAAUUUUGAGGAAUAAUGAGAUGCUGACGUGGCCAGAGAAAAUUAAAUUUGCAAUUGGACUUCUGCCUGCUAUGCUUGGUGGACAGGCGUAUGUUGAGGCUCAAGAUGGUGUUUCUGUUAAAGAAUGGAUGAGAAAACAGNNNNUUCCUGAACGUGUAACUGAUGAAGUGUUCAUAGCAAUGUCAAAGGCCCUAAACUUCAUCAACCCUGAUGAACUUUCAAUGCAAUGUAUUUUAAUUGCUUUAAAUCGAUUUCUUCAGGAGAAGCAUGGUUCUAAGAUGGCCUUUUUGGAUGGCAACCCCCCUGAAAGGCUUUGUAUGCCAAUUGUUGAACAUAUUCAGUCCUUGGGCGGUGAAGUCCAUCUUAAUUCACGCAUUAAAACAAUUGAAUUAAACGAUGAUAACACAGUGAAGAGCUUUUUACUUAAUAAUGGGAAGGUGAUUGAAGGGGAUGCUUAUGUGUCUGCAGCACCAGUGGAUAUUCUGAAACUUCUUCUGCCUGAGAACUGGAAAGGGGUUCCUUAUUUCCAAAGAUUGGAUAAAUUAGUUGGAGUUCCGGUCAUAAAUGUUCACAUAUGGUUUGACAGAAAACUGAAGAACACCUAUGAUCACCUUCUCUUUAGCAGAAGUCCCCUUCUGAGUGUAUACGCCGACAUGUCGGUAACUUGUAAGGAAUAUUAUAACCCAAACCAGUCUAUGUUGGAGCUGGUUUUUGCACCAGCCGAAGAAUGGAUUUCACGUAGCGAUGAAGAUAUUAUUGAUGCUACCAUGUCUGAACUUGCCAAACUAUUCCCUGAUGAAAUUUCUGCAGACCAAAGCAAAGCAAAAAUUGUUAAGUACCAUGUUGUUAAAACACCAAGGUCGGUUUACAAAACUGUUCCGAAUUGUGAACCUUGUCGUCCCAUACAAAGAUCUCCUAUAGAAGGUUUCUAUUUAGCUGGAGAUUAUACAAAACAAAAAUAUUUAGCUUCCAUGGAAGGCGCUGUUCUUUCUGGGAAGCUUUGUGCACAGGCUAUUGUACAGGAUUCGGAGCUACUUACUGCUCGUGGCCAGAAAAGAAUAGCUCAAGCAAGUACUGUUUAACAAAAACAAGCUUUGAAGAUAAAUUCUGGUAAGAGUACAGGAGUAUCAUAACAACUUUGGCAUUGGGGGAGACCGGGAACUCGCUGAUUGAUUUACCAUAUCAGUUCAUACAAAUAUUGAUUCCAGGAAAAUAUUUCGACAAUGAUAUGUCAUGCGGUUAACUCUAGGGAAAUGCCAAUAUAAGCAUAUACAAGUUCAUUACUUCUUUAUUUUUAGUAUGGCCAACACCUGAAAUCUGAUCCCUUCCUAGUCAUUGUAGUCAUGUUUGUAAUAAUACUAUGUCACAAUUUAUUAUUUAAUCUUGUAUACCCUAUUAGAUAAUAUUAUUAUAUAUUAGUAGUAAGGGUUAGACAAUAUUAUUAUA